AUGGCCGUUUCGGGGUUGGGGCCCCAGUCGCCCGAGCAGCAGCUGCUGAGACCUGCUGCUGCUGCUCCUGAGCAAGUUGUCGCAGCAGCUGCUCUACAUGCAGUCAAUGGCGCUGCUGCAGCAGCUGCAGAAGAGCCACCCGCAGCAGCAGCAGCAGCAGCAGCAGCAGAAGAGCCACCCACAGCAGCAGCAGCAGCAGACAGCAACGGCGUUGUUUCCGCGGAAGAACCAGCAGCAGCAGCAGCAGCAGCAGCAGCAGGCUCAAAGGAUGCAGCUGCUGCUCCGCCAGCAACGCCUGCUGCAGCAGACGGACUAGCAGCACAUCUUCAUGAACCGGAAGACAGCGAGCUUCCCUCCUCAGCAGCAGCAGCAGCAGCAGCAGCAGCAGCAGCAGCAGCAGCAGACGGAACCCGAAGCAACAAAAGGGGCUUCUACCGUUGCUGCAGAACAGCAGAAAGGGAACCAGCAUUUUGCUGCCCUUGCCAUGCCCUUUCCUCGUGCUGCUGCCUGAGGAGCCGGCGCUGCCGGCAGCAGCAGCUGCUGCCGAAGCAGCAGCAGCAGCAGCAGCAGCAGCAGCAGCAGCAGCAGCGAAGGCGUGGUGAGCCCUCGGGCUCCUUUCGCCCCGAAGAGGGCAGCAGCAACAGCAGCAGAAGCUUCCAAGAGGAUGUGUUGGGCUCUGAAGCAGCAGCAGCAGAUGCAGCGGAGCCGUUUGCUGCAGCAGCUCCAGCAGCAGCGUCUGCGACAGCAGCAGCAGCAGAAUCUGCUGCUGCUGCUGCUGCGCUGCAGCUGGGGUGGUCCCUUCCGCCGCUGGGACUCCAUGUGGUCUCUGCUGUCUCCUACGGGGGCCUCCUGUCUCGCCCCACAGAUAUAAUAGUAAUUGAAAUCGCACAUGCUGCUCCUGCUGCUGCUGCUGCUCCUGCUGCUGCUGCUGCUGCUGCUGCUGCUGCUGGUGAUGCCCGCAACGGGCUGCCUUGGCGGCAGCACUCCGCGCCGGUGCCUGCUACCGCGUCCGAGGACGGCUUCUGCUGCAGCCCCCAGCAGCAGCAGCAGCAGCAGCAGCAGCAGCAGCAGCAGCAAGAGUGGCAGUGCGUGUGCUGCUUCUACGCAUACAUGGAGCGGCAGCAGUACAGCGAGCUGCAGCGGCGGGUGCAGCGGCUGUACCCUCGGGGGCCCCCCUUGAGGGACAAAGGGGGGCCCCCCAGUCGCUGGAGUCGUUUGGAGUCUCGCCUGAACAAGUGCUGCCUGAUGUCACUUUCUGUCCCUUGUCUCAGCUCGCUGCCGUGGCUGCCCCCUUUAAACGCAGCAGCCACAGCAGCACUAGCAGCAGCAGCAGCAGCAGCAGCAGCAGCGCACCAGCAGCACAAGAAGCAGACGGAGGAAUCGUUUCUGGAUGCUGCGCAGCGUCUCACCGCAAGCGGGCUGCUGCAGCGGGAGGGGGAGCUGCAGCAAACGAAGCAGCAGCGACAGGAUGAGCAGAGAGAAGGGCAGCUGCAGCAGCAGCUGCAGCAGCUGCAGCAGCUGCAGCAGCUGCAGCAGCACGACAAGGAGCAGCAAGAGCAGCAGCAGCAGCAGCAGGACAACGCAGACUGCGCUUCGCAGCAGCAGCAGGGGCAGCCUCAAGAACGGCAGCAGCAGCGGCCUCAGGGCGAAGCCUUGCUGCAGCAGGAAGCAGCGCAGCAGCAGCAGCAGCAGCAGCAGGCAGCGAGCCCCACACUGAGCAGCAAACAAGUGCAGCUGGCUUUCUUCUGUCUGCAGCACGAGCUGCUGAAGGCAUGCAGGCGGCGGCUGCUUUGCUGCUGCUACUCUGCUGCUCUUUCUGUUUUUUUCGUGGGUGCAGAGGACGGCACCAUCACUGUGCUGCAGCUGGCAGCAGCAGCAGCAGCUGCUGCUGCGCAGCAGCUGCACCCCGCAGCAGCAGCUGCUGCUGCUGGCCUGGGGCUGCUCCGCAGCAGCACCCCACAAACGCAAGGCAGCAGCAGCAGAUCUCGGGCGCUUUCGGUUUCCUUUGGAAGCUCUUUGGGGCUGCAGUCUUCGCGUUUUAGCGGCAGCAGCAAAGCAGCAGCAGCAGCAACAGCAGCAGCAGUCGAGCAGCAGCUGCAGCAGCUAAAAGUGCCCAGCCUUCCUCGAGUCAUUUACUUCAUCAAGGAAGAGCCCGUGGACGUCUUGUGUCUCCUCUCUCUGGCGCUGCCUGUGAGUAGACAGAACGGCAGCAGCAGCAGCAGCAGCAGCAGCAGCAGCAGCAGCAGCAGCAGCGAGGGCGUGCAGCAGCCGGUUUUAUUGGCAGCAGGUCGCAGCGGCAGUUUGCUGCUGCUGCAUGCAGCGACUACCGAGGUUGUGUCUUCUUUAACAGUGCAAAAAGGAGGGCUGCUCUCAGCAGCAGAUGUUGUUGCUGCUGUUGCUGCAGAUGAGCGCAGGCUGCUGCUCUUCUGCUGCCACCGAAGCGGGGCAGUACGUUUGCUGCAGCUGCAGCAGUGCGACAGCAGCAGCUGCAGCAGCUGCUGCAGCAGCAGCUGCAGCAGCAGCUGGGGGCUUCAUCUCGCUCUGCUGCUCUCCUUAGCUGCAGGAGAGCCAACGCCACCUGCAGCGCCGCCGUACUUGCCCGUCAUGGCUCUCGAAGGCAGGUUGCUGCUGCAGCAGCAGCAGCAGCAGCAGCAGCAGCAACAGCAGCAGAUGCAGCAGAGGCACCACCAGGAGAAGCAGCAGCUGCGGCGGCAGCUCAGCUGCAUUGCAUCCAGCAGCAACUUUCGACCGCGCGGCAUUCAAAUUCCUGGUUUGAAAGCAAAGCACGUGACAGAGCAGCAGCAUGAGCAGCAGCAGCAGCAGCAGCAGCAGCAGCAGCAGCAGCUCUUUCACAGCAGCACUGAGAGCAGCAACGCCUCCGCGUUUUAUUCAGGUGUCUGCUCCACACGCAGCGCAUGCGUAGAUACCGACCGCCGGCUGCUGCUGCUGGGCAGCAGCAGCAAGCCUGGGGUAGUUGCUGUCUUGCAGUACAAUAUCAGCAGCAGCAGCAGCAGCAGCAGCAGCAGCGCAGCAGCAGCAGCAGCAAACGUGCGGCUUGUGACUCGAGUCAAGUGCCUCGCAGAGCCUGUCUCGUGUCUUCUUGCAUGCAAGCAGCAGCAGCAGCAACAGCAGCAGCAGCAACAGCAGCUGCUGCAUCGGGGGCCAGCGAGAUGCCUCCGUCAGAAACAGUGGAGCCUUUGCAGCCCGCUGCUGCUCCCGCUGUGA